AUGUAUACAAAUGUUUUCCGAGCAUGUUCAUCGUCUUUGCCAUCAUCUGCAUAUCGUUUGAUAACAAGAAAUUUAACAUCAAAUAGUAAUACAAGUGCUGUUCGAUCUAUCGGCGAUCGUUUUGGUGUCAAACAUCGUAGUCGUCGUUUUUUACGCAAUUAUCUGAUUGCUAAUGGAUUGAUUUUGGGUGGUGGUAGUCUUUAUUAUUAUUAUUAUCUUACACCAAAAGAACGACGUCAGAUACGAGUUACAUUUGAAGGUUUUCAACGUGGAUUUCGAUCAUUUCAAAUUGGUUUACUCAUUACAAUUGAUUAUAAAUAUCAUUUUUGGAAAUUCCCGGAAACAUCACCAGAAUAUGAAACAAAACUCAAAGAAUGUCAUUCUCGAGCUGCAGAUAGAAUAGCUCAAGGAUGUAUUGAAAAUGGUGGUUUAUAUGUUAAAAUGGGUCAAGGUAUGGUUAGUGCUGAUCAUAUUUUACCAAAAGAAUAUACCGAUGGUCUUCGAUGUUUACAAGAUAAAGCUUUAAGACGACAACGAAAUGAGGUUAGUCAAUUAAUUGAUGAAGAAUUUGGUUGUCAAGUAUCUGAUUUAUUUUCUUAUCUUUCUCCUGAACCUAUUGCUGCAGCAUCUCUUGCUGAAGUUUAUGAAGGUCGUCUUAAAACGACUAAUGAACGUGUUGCUGUUAAACUGCAAUAUAUUGAUUUACAAGAUCGUUUUACCGGUGAUAUUUUAACUAUUCGUAUGAUAUUAUAUGCUCUUGGCAAAAUCUUUCCAAAAUUUGAAUUCGGUUGGAUGAUAGAUUCAGUGAAAAGUAAUUUAGAACGUGAACUUAAUUUUAAAUUAGAAGGUGAAAAUGCUGAUCGUUGUUAUGCUCAAUUAUCUCCAUUUUUAAAAUUUAUCUAUGUUCCAAAAGUAUUUUGGGAGUAUACAACAAAUCGAGUACUUGUUAUGGAAUUUAUUGAUGGUAUUAAAAUAUCUGAUAUGGACAAACUUAAAGAAUCAAAUUUAUCUAUAAAAGAAAUUGAUACAAAACUUGUUGAAGCUAUGGCUUUUCAAAUUUUUCAUUCGGGUUUUGUACAUGCCGAUCCUCAUCCAGGAAAUGUUUAUGUAAGAAGAGAUCCUAAAACUCCAACAAAAUCAAAUGUUCAAAUUGUUUUACUUGAUCAUGGUCUAUAUGUAACAAUUAGUCCAAAAGAUCGUGAAGCUUUAUGUCAAUUAUGGAAAGCUAUUAUACUUAAAGAUGAAAUUAAAAUGAAACAAUAUUCAACAGCACUCGGUGUACAAGCUAAAGAUUAUUUAACAUUUGCUACUGUUCUUUCGAUGCGUCCAAUUCAUCGACCUAUACAUGAUUUAGCAAUAUUACCUGAAGUAUGGGAUCGUAUGUCACCAGAUGAACAAAAAGAUGCACGUGAACAAGGAAAAAUUCGUCUUCCUACUGAAAGAGAAUUAUUUAAUCUAAGUCCACAACAAAAAAUGGCGAUACGCAGAGAUUUUUCCGUUAUUUUCAAUGAUAUUCAAGAUAGUGUCUUACGAACUAUUUAUGAUAUGCCUCGACCAUUAUUAAUGAUAUUAAGGUUAGUUGUCGUCAUCAUUUUCUUUCGAAAUAAUUAUCUGUAUCUAUGUGUGUAUAUGAAAAAGUAUCAUCGUUUAUUUGCGGAAAUUCUUAUUAUGCAAUCAUUACGUUCUCGACAUGGUAGUGUAUCAUUUCGACAGAAAGUAACUAAAGAGGAAAUGGCUCGAAUACGAUUAAAAGCUCGAGAAACAAUGGAUGAAGUUAUUCAUGUAUUCAAACAAUUACCAGACAAGCUUAUUCUUGUUCUCAGAAAUUUAAAUCAAAUACGAUCGACUAUUCGUGAUCAUGGAAAUCUUAUUGAUCGACAUACGAUUAUGGCUCGAAGUGCUAUUUUGGGUGCUCGAAAAAACGAAGAAGCACAUCGAUUAUUCAAAGAUCGUAUUUAUGCUCAUUUAGAAUUAGUUCUUUUUGAUCUGAUACUCUUCAAAGAUCGAGUGGAACGAUAUUUUAAAUUUAAAUUCUUGAAAGUAUUAGUGUAUUUUGGAUAUAUGACGAAAGAAACUGAAGAUAUGAUUGAACAGUUUCGAUAA